GAUAGAGUUGAGCAUGCUUUUGUUCUGUCCUAUGUGCUCCAAUUUACUUCUCGUUGAACAUUCAUCAACUUGUUUACGUUUGUCGUGCUCUACGUGUCCAUACAUUUCGAGGAUUAAGAAGCGUAUUUCGGAACGAGUCUAUCCAAAGUUGAAGGAAGUUGAUCAUGUUAUGGGCGGUGCUGAAGCCUGGAAGAAUGUAGAUUCAACAGAUGCUGUAUGUCCUGCUUGUGCUCACAAUCGAGCAUAUUUCAUGCAAAUGCAAAUUAGAAGUGCUGAUGAACCUAUGACAACGUUCUAUAAAUGCUGUAAUCAAACUUGUGGACAUAAUUGGAGAGACUAAAUGCGACUUAUAAGAAAUCUAUUAAAUUCAACUAAAAUGAAGACUCGAAAGAUUAAGAAUGUAUUCGAUGCUGCACUUCCUGAAAGUGUCGUGACAGCAUCAAAGUUAUUGAAGAAAGGCAAUGUAAUUGGAAUUCCGACAGAUACAAUUUAUGGACUAGCUUGUUCAGCAAAUAAUCGUGAAGCUAUUAAGAAGUUGUAUGAUAUUAAAGGAAGGAACGAAGAGAAGCCAGUGGCAAUAUGUGUCAGUGACUUUAUAGAACUUAAACGUUAUGGUAAUGCUAAUCAUUUAAGUGAUGAACUUUUAGAAAAAUUAUUGCCUGGACCAGUCACGAUUGUGCUUAAUAAGAGUGAGCACCUGAACAAUCCAUACUUAAAUCCAGGCACAGUAAAAAUAGGAAUUCGAAUACCAGACUUUAAUUUCAUUAGGGAUGUAUGCAGAGAGUUUUCUCAGCCAAUAGCACUAACGUCAGCUAAUAAGAGCAGUGAAAGAAGUUCCUUGAAUAUUGAGGAAUUUAAUCAUCUAUGGAAAAGCUUAGGAGGUAUCUUCAAUGGCGGUAGCUUAAGUAUUGCUGAGGAAAAUAGGAAAGGAUCAACAGUUAUUGAUCUGUCGGAACCUAAUGAGUAUAAAGUCAUAAGACAAGGAAUCGCGUAU